AUGGAAAGGAGCCUUGUUUGGGGUGGAUUUAAAUCUGAGAAAGAUGGAGGGGUCCCUCUGCAUUCUUUCAUACCAACCCCUCAGAGCUCUGUUCCUUUCCGCUGUGACAACAGACACUCGUCCAUUUCCUCCCUGUCCACCUCCUCAUCACCACCCACCCACCGCCCAUUCCCUUUGUCUCACGGAACCCUGGCCUUUCUGUUCCAAGGAGGUGUUAUAGCAGCAGCAGACACACAUGCCAGCUGCUCAGGGCUUGUCUCCUGCCUCCACUCCCAUUUACUGGUCACCACUUCAGACAGUGGUGCAGACUGCAUGCUAUCGGAGAGAAUCCUGGCUAGAGAGAUCCGCCUUUACCAGUUAGACCACGGCUGCCGCUUGUCAAUCACUAGCUCUGCCAAGCUCCUCACUCAUAUGUUGGAGCCAUUUAAGGGGACAGCAGCCAUUGUGGCAGCCAUUCUAUCUGGCUCGGAUGUAGAGGAGGAUGACUUGACUGGCAGUGCCAGUGACAGAACAAGACAUGCAGUAACUGACGGGAACCUGACAAUAUCCCUUGUCAGUGAUCGUUGUGGCCCAAAGCUCAUCUAUGUGUGCAGUGACGGCACCCGUCUGCAGGGAGAGUUUUUCUCAGUGGGCUCAGGUUCGCCCUAUGCCUAUGCAGUACUGGAUGGAGGGGUCCGGUUGAGCCUGAGUGAGGAGGAGGCAAUCUCAUUGGCCAGAGAAAUUGUGUACAGGGCCACACACAGGGAUGCAUAUUCAGGGAACUGUGUGGACCUCUUUCACAUCACUGUCCAAGGAUAUAGCCACAGAGACAGGGAGGAUUUGAGAGAGGAGUACAACAGAGAGAGGGAGAGGGUGCUGAAGAUGGUGAAAGAAUGA